AUGGCCCUGCUGGUUCUUUCAGCUAGCUCGGCAGCGGUGGCUCAACUGAAUAUCGGCUUCUACAGAAAGACAUGCCCCGACACCGAGAAGAUCGUCCGCCAGGAGAUGGCCAAGAUCAUCACCUCCGCGCCCAGCCUCGCCGGUCCGCUCCUCCGUCUCCAUUUCCACGACUGCUUCGUCAGGGGUUGUGACACCUCUGUCCUGCUCGCAUCCACCGACGACAACGUGGCGGAGAAGGACGCCAAGCCGAACAAGAGCCCGCGAGGGUCCGGCUCCGUGGAGCAUUUGGCAAAGGGACCCUUCUGGCCAGUGGUGCUGGGCAGACGAGACGACAGGGUGUCAAGCGCCACGGAGGCCAGCAGCGAGCUGCCCCCGGCCUCCGGCGACGUCCCCCUGCUCGCCAAGAUCUUUGCCUCCAAGGGCCUCGACCUCAAGGACCUUGUCGUCCUCUCCGGCGCCCACACGCUCGGCACGGUGCACUGCCCGUCUUUUGCCGACCGGCUCUACAACAACACUGGCGAGAAUGCCCUCGUCGACCCAUCUCUGGACAGCGAGUACGCCGACAAGCUGAGGAUCAAGUGCAAGAGCGUUGAUGACCGCACUAUGAUGUCAGAGAUGGACCCGGGGAGCUUCAAGACCUUUGACACCAGUUACUACCGCCACGUCGCCAAGCGGAGGGGCCUCUUCCGCUCCUACGCCGCGCUCCUCUUCGGCGCCACCACCAAGGACUACGUGCAGUGCAUCGCCACGGGCAAGUUCCACGGUGAGUUCUUCAGGGACUUCAGCGAGUCCAUGAUCAAGAUGGGCGACGUUGGCGUGCUCACCGGGACCAAGGGAGAGAUCAGGAAGAAAUGCUACGCCCCCAACUAG